GGCUGUAUCAGAAGGAGAAGACAAGACAAGACAAGACAAGGUCCAGAAGAAGCUGCGGAGAAUUCCCUCUGGACGUUCGCCGGAUGGCCCGACACGCAGCUCUGAGCAGCCUUUUUGGCGACGACCCUUUCUUCAGCCAGGGGGCGCUGCUGUGGCCCUUCCCCUCGCUGGGCCGCAAAGUGCAGCUGGCAGACAACUUCUUCAAGGACGCACCGGCGCUCGCCAAUUUCCCCAACGUGGCCUCCGCUUUCAACAGGCUAAGCGACGCGGACAACCAGGCUGAAGAUGGAGAGGCGGUGGAGAGACCAAGUCCAACUCAGCACGCCGACGCUGAACACGACGACCUACUGGUGACCCUCGAUGCUCGUGGCUACGCCCCCGGCGACAUCACCGUCAAGCUGGAGGGGCGGAGCCUGCUAGUGGCGGCCAGCAAGCAGGCGGGGGCGGAGGAGGCCCACUCCUGCUCGUCCUCGUCCUCGCACGCCUCCGUGGCCUCCUCCGCCUCGGCCCGCGUGGGUUUCAGGCAGAAGAUCCAGCUGUCGCCUCACCUGGAUCUGGCCGGCCUGUCCUGUUCGCUCAUGGAGGACGGACAGCUGCGGGUACACGCCCCCGUGGCCAGGGGGCCAAUCACAGAGGGGCGUGGAGAGGAAGACAGAAGGACCCUGGAGCGUGAGGAAGAGGAACCUCCUCGAUUUCGGGCUUCCCUGGAAUUCCCAAUCACCAAAGAGAACACGGACUAGUGCUAAACGCACUAAAAUCACUCAGUCAUGUGUAAAUGUCUUUAAGUGUUUAGUACACGCACUAAAAUCACUCAGUCAUCUUCAUGUGUAAAUGUGUUUAAGUGUUUAGUACACGCACUAAAAUCACUCAGUCAUCUUCAUGUGUAAAUGUGUUUAAGUGUUUAGUACACGCACUAAAAUCACUCAGUCAUCUUCAUGUGUAAAUGUGUUUAAGUGUUUAGUACACGCACUAAAAUCACUCAGUCAUCUUCAUGUGUAAAUGUGUUUAAGUGUUUAGUACACGCACUAAAAUCACUCAGUCAUCUUCAUGUGUAAAUGUGUUUAAGUGUUUAGUACACGCACUAAAAUCACUCAGUCAUCUUCAUGUGUAAAUGUGUUUAAGUGUUUAGUACACGCACUAAAAUCACUCAGUCAUCUUCAUGUGUAAAUGUGUUUAAGUGUUUAGUACACGCACUAAAAUCACUCAGUCAUCUUCAUGUGUUAAUGUGUUUAAGUGUUUAGUACACGCACUAAAAUCACUCAGUCAUCUUCAUGUGUUAAUGUGUUUAAGUGUUUAGUACACGCACUAAAAUCACUCAGUCAUAUUCAUGUGUUAAUGUGUUUAAGUGUUUAGUACACGCACUAAAAUCACUCAGUCAUAUUCAUGUGUUAAUGUGUUUAAGUGUUUAGUACACGCACUAAAAUCACUCAGUCAUAUUCAUGUGUUAAUGUGUUUAAGUGUUUAGUACACACACUAAAAUCACUCAGUCAUCUUCAUGUGUUAAUGUGUUUAAGUGUUUAGUACACACACUAAAAUCACUCAGUCAUCUUCAUGUGUAAAUGUGUUUAAGUGUUUAGUACACGCACUAAAAUCACUCAGUCAUCUUCAUGUGUUAAUGUGUUUAAGUGUUUAGUACACGCACUAAAAUCACUCAGUCAUCUUCAUGUGUUAAUGUGUUUAAGUGUUUAGUACACGCACUAAAAUCACUCAGUCAUAUUCAUGUGUUAAUGUGUUUAAGUGUUUAGUACACGCACUAAAAUCACUCAGUCAUAUUCAUGUGUUAAUGUGUUUAAGUGUUUAGUACACGCACUAAAAUCACUCAGUCAUGUGUAAAUGUCUUUAAGUGUUUAGUACACGCACUAAAAUCACUCAGUCAUGUGUAAAUGUCUUUAAGUGUUUAGUACACGCACUAAAAUCACUCAGUCAUCUUCAUGUGUAAAUGUGUUUAAGUGUUUAGUACACGCACUAAAAUCACUCAGUCAUCUUCAUGUGUAAAUGUGUUUAAGUGUUUAGUACACGCACUAAAAUCACUCAGUCAUCUUCAUGUGUAAAUGUGUUUAAGUGUUUAGUACACGCACUAAAAUCACUCAGUCAUCUUCAUGUGUAAAUGUGUUUAAGUGUUUAGUACACGCACUAAAAUCACUCAGUCAUCUUCAUGUGUUAAUGUGUUUAAGUGUUUAGUACACGCACUAAAAUCACUCAGUCAUAUUCAUGUGUAAAUGUGUUUAAGUGUUUAGUACACGCACUAAAAUCACUCAGUCAUCUUCAUGUGUUAAUGUAUUUAAGUGUUUAGUACACGCACUAAAAUCACUCAGUCAUCUUCAUGUGUUAAUGUGUUUAAGAAGUGUUGCAUUUUUCACAAACAUGUAUUUGUACAGUGGCUUGAAAUAAAAAAAAAAGUUUUAAACCAUUAA